AUGGCCGCGGCGCCCGGAGGGUCUGCGCCGCCCGCCGGCCCCGGCCCGCGCCUGGGUUUCAGCACCGCGGACAGCGGCAUCGGCAUGAGCGGGCUAAACCCGGGUCCUGCCGUGCCUAUGAAGGACCACGACGCCAUCAAGCUUUUCGUGGGGCAGAUCCCGCGGGGCUUGGACGAGCAGGACCUCAAGCCGCUGUUCGAGGAGUUCGGCCGCAUCUACGAGCUGACGGUGCUGAAGGACCGGCUCACCGGCCUCCACAAAGGCUGUGCCUUCCUCACCUACUGCGCCCGGGACUCUGCUCUCAAGGCCCAGAGUGCACUGCACGAGCAGAAGACCCUGCCAGGGAUGAAUCGUCCUAUCCAAGUGAAGCCGGCUGCCAGUGAGGGCCGAGGAGAGGACCGAAAGCUGUUUGUGGGUAUGCUGGGCAAGCAGCAGGGUGAGGAGGACGUCAGACGCCUAUUCCAGCCCUUCGGCCACAUCGAGGAGUGCACCGUCUUGCGGAGCCCUGAUGGCACUAGUAAAGGCUGUGCCUUUGUGAAGUUCGGGAGUCAAGGGGAAGCUCAGGCAGCCAUCCAGAGUCUGCACGGCAGCCGGACAAUGGCGGGCGCCUCGUCCAGCCUCGUGGUCAAGCUGGCAGACACGGACCGCGAGCGCGCACUGCGGCGGAUGCAGCAAAUGGCGGGCCAGCUGGGUGCCUUCCACCCGGCGCCGCUGCCGCUCGGGGCCUGCGGAGCCUAUACCACCGCGAUCCUGCAGCACCAGGCGGCCCUGCUGGCGGCGGCGCAGGGCCCGGGCCUCGGCCCAGUGGCGGCAGUGGCUGCCCAGAUGCAGCACGUGGCGGCCUUCAGCCUGGUAGCAGCGCCGCUCUUGCCCGCGGCAGCCAACUCCCCUCCUGGCGGUGGCCCGGGCACGCUUCCGGGUCUCCCGGCGCCCAUCGGCGUCAAUGGAUUCGGUCCCCUGACUCCCCAGACCAACGGGCAACCAGGCUCGGACAGUCUCUACAAUAACGGGCUCUCUCCUUACCCAGCCCAGAGUCCCGGCGUGGCUGACCCCCUGCAGCAGGCCUACGCUGGGAUGCACCACUACGCAGCAGCCUAUCCGUCGGCCUAUGCCCCAGUGAGCACAACUUUUCCCCAGCAGCCUUCAGCCUUGCCCCAGCAGCAAAGAGAAGGCCCGGAAGGCUGUAACCUCUUCAUCUAUCACCUGCCUCAGGAGUUUGGUGAUGCAGAACUCAUCCAGACAUUCCUGCCCUUUGGAGCCGUUGUCUCUGCCAAAGUCUUUGUGGAUCGUGCCACAAACCAGAGCAAGUGUUUUGGGUUUGUUAGCUUUGACAAUCCAACCAGUGCCCAGACAGCUAUUCAGGCCAUGAAUGGCUUUCAGAUUGGCAUGAAGAGGCUCAAGGUUCAGCUGAAGAGGCCCAAGGAUGCUAACCGGCCUUAUUGAUCUGCUCUUACUGACCAACCACGAAAGAGUGAGAAGAAAGGAAAAGAGAAGCACAUAAUGCUUGAGCAGCCCUUCCUGAAGGAGCAGCCGCAGAUGGAGGUGGACCCUAGGCCAACACCUGGGCUCAGGCCGCUUUAAGGAUUGUUUUCACCAAGUGGGUUGUUCUGUGCCUGUGAUGCAGAGCUCAGGCUGGCAAGGCAGCUGGGGCUGGCUGAGGAGUGACUGUCUAGGGAGGGGAACCAGCAGAUGGCCUAGGGGGUGCCAAGGGCUUCUCCAAAAGGAAGCCCAGAUCUACUUCUUUCAAAAUCAUAUCAUUCCUUAGAGUUUAGGGACCAAAGGACUAUUGCUUUUUUAAGAAUAUAUAUAUAUAUAUACAUAUAUAUAUAUAUAUAAAUUAAAACAAAGAAAAAAACAAAAAAAAAAUCAAGAGAAACAAAAGAAACAGUAUAGAGUCUAAUAAAAGCUGCCUUUAAAUAUCCCUAGGAGACAGGGUGAAGAAGACCCUUGAAGGCCCCAGCCUAGGCAGAGGAAGGCUGUGGAAAGAUUAUUCUGUGUCUCAUUCCCUCUUAACCUCCCAACCCCACCCCCAACACCUUUUAAAAUAACUAAGGACUUGAGGUCUGUGCUCCUAAGCAGGUAACAAGAGAGUUAUGGAAGGCAGUGAGCCCACAGCCCCCAAACUCAGAGAGCAUCCUUGAACAAGCCUUGACAAGGAGCUCUGGCCUGCCCUGGUCCUUGCCACCCUGAAAGGCCUCUUAAGCCAGCAGGAGUGGGAACCUGCCUUUCCUUCUUGACAGCCUUUCCCGUGGAACCUCUGCUUCCCCAGUUAGGAUGAAAGGGAGUUUGGACCACCCCAGUCUUUCCCUUCCCUGUCCAGAUAGACAGAGGCCCUGCCUUGGGUUGAGCUGAGACACCUCCUGUUUCCCCUCACCUUGAUCCAGCCCCAGUGUCCCCUUGCUCCAGACCACCUUCCGUCUCUAAGUCUAAGUCUACCCACCUGUAAAGUAGAUUCAGGAUAUAUAUAGAGGGCUGUGACAACAGACUUGGAAGAUUUGCUUCUGUAUAUACUGCCAUUGAGAGAAGGGGAUAAUUUUCAAUAUUGUAGAAGCUUCAGAAUUUAGAGGUCCCUCUUUACCCAGGACCUGGGAGGGAAGUAGAUGUUUUGCCAAAAUACUUCUUCAUUCCUUUAAAAACUACAUCUUUCCUAUGCAAGAGUGUCUCACAUGUGCUUAUCCGAGGUGCUUCUAGAUGGUGAGCAGUGUUCAGCUUAGAAGUGGUGUGUGCUCUGUCUGUCUGUGUCUGUCUGUGUAUCCAGUGGGUGCCAUAUAAAGCUGAUCGAUGGUGGUGCUUCCUGCCUGCUUCUGUGAGAUGGGCAAAAGUUUCGGCUUAGAACACCAUGACUCACCUUGCCUUGGUCAGCCUUUCCUGGCCCACAGGGCCUUGCACAUGCUGUUCCUAGGAGGAUAAUCUUUGCUCCACCCCACACACCUGGAUCAGACUAGUCUGGGGCCCCAGCUGUGUGGUGGGCACUCUGGUCCCCAGAUGUUACUGAGGCUGGAGGCCUCUAAUCUGAUGUCACAUCAGACAAUGAAGGACAUGGCAGGGGGAGAGUUCCUCCUUCAUAAGAGUUUCUAAGAAAAUGUGUUCCCACCUGUUCCUUUGUCUUUGACUCGUUUUUGGAGGGAAUGGGAUUAAAACUAACAUUACCAGAUAAGGUGCCAUAUGUACCAAUAAGUAACUUCCAGCUGAGAGAAGAGCUAGCGUCAAGGAUGUCUGUACACCAGCACAAUACUAACACACAGACUAAGCACCCUGGACACAGAUGGGAAUAUGUAACAUCUGCACAUACAAACAGCUAUUCACGUGGAGGCAU